GCUCCUGUGACGUCACUGGUGCGCGCCGAAAGCCGUCCGCCUCAGACUCAUGGCUGCGGGUUCCUCCGAGGGCCCCCCGCCGAAGGCGGCCUCUGAAGGUCUAGCGGUAGGACCGGUCGGCGUCCUGCCUUGCCUCGAGCUGCCGACCUACGCUGCUGCCUGUGCGCUGGUGAGCAGCCGGUACUCGUGCCUUGUGGCGGGGCCGCACCGCAGGCACAUCGCCCUGUCGCCCCGCUACCUCAACAGGAAACGCACCGGCAUCCGGGAGCAGCUGGACGCCGAGCUCCUUCGCUACUCCGAGAGCCUUUUAGGUGUCCCUAUCGCAUAUGACAAUAUCAAAGUUGUGGGUGAACUGGGAGACAUUUAUGAUGAUCAAGGACACAUUCAUCUUAACAUUGAAGCAGAUUUUGUUGUUUUCUGCCCUGAACCAGGGCAAAAGCUUAUGGGUAUAGUGAAUAAAGUAUCUUCUAGCCACAUUGGCUGUCUUGUGCAUGGAUGUUUUAACGCCUCCAUUCCUAAGCCUGAGCAGAUGUCAGCUGAGCAGUGGCACACUGUGGAGAUAAACGUGGGUGAUGAACUGGAGUUUGAAGUAUUUCGUUUAGACUCAGAUGCUGCUGGAGUAUUUUGCAUUCGUGGAAAACUAAAUAUCAAUAGUUUACAACCCAAGUGCUUUAAAAUUUCUGAAGGAGCAGAAACUGUCACAGAGGGAGCUGUUGAAAAACUUCCAAAGAAGAAAAAGAAAAAGAAGAAAGCUCCAGAAACAGAUGAGGUGGAUAUUAGUGCCACAGAGUUAGGAGACUUAGUAGAUGUGACUCCAAAGGAAGAGGUGGACUUGCAGACUAGUAAUAAUGUGAAUGAACUCUGUGAGGAAGAGCCGAAGAAGAAGAAGAAGAAAAAGAAAAAGCAACAGCAGGAUCAGGAUCAGGACCCUGUUUGCCAAGGUAGUGACUCCAGUGGUUACCAAAGUGACCAUAAAAAGAAAAAAAAGAAAAGAAAACACAGUGAAGAGGCUGAAUUCUCCCCAGCUGUGGAAUGCUCACCUACGAAGAAAAGGAAGAAGUAAUUUUCUUUAGGACUCUUUAAAUAUAGCAUUUGCCAAGAUUUAUACAUAAAAGAUAAUUGUUUUGGAUAAUAUGAAAUACUUAAGUGUGCCAAUAGUUUAUGAAAUAGGAAAUAAGUGAUAGAACAAUUAUUUUAAUGAUUUUUAAUGAUUUUUUUGUACUAAAAUCACAAAACUGAUGAUAAAGUAGUUGCGUUAAUACUGAUAUCAAAAAUACCAUUUUAUUGUGUUUAGAGAAGAAAUGCUGCUCUCAUUGUUUGUUAUUUUUCUAGAUGUUACACCCUCAACAUUAGCAAAAGGACUUUAUGGA